UCGUAAGGAAAUGCGUGUUUCCAGUUCCGCAUUUCAACAUUUUGAUUAGAAGGCAAUUGGUGGUUUGAUUAGACAGUUAUAAGACGACUUAGACUUUUUGAUUAUGUCUUCCAUUCUUGUGAAGAAUUUGCCGCCCAAUAUCAAUGGAGACAAGCUAGAAAUUUAUUUCCAGAAACAAAAAAAUGGAGGUGGAGAUGUAAACGAAGUUCGGAUGAUUGAAAAUGGAUCACAAGCCAUUGUAGUUUUUGAGGAGAAACAAAUUGCUUCAAAAAUUGUGCAAAGAGAACAUACAAUGCUUGGAAAAAGAAUUGAAGUGGAACAAUUUGAACAACCGAAAAAGCUUUUUCUCAAAGUUGAAGCUAUAUUGAGUUCGACUACCGUAGAAUUCCUUGGAGAAUAUAAAAUCGAGUUGUUGACUCAACAUCAUAAGAAUACUGAUUGUCAAAAAUUGCAGAACGGACAAAUGUUAAUCAAAACAGAUUCUCUGGAAGAGUUACUACAGUUUAAAAAAUCAUUAGAGAAUUUGUUAAAAAAAUCCAAGACACUACAUUUGAGUCAAUCGUCAUCAUCACCUGUUAAAAUGCAGCAAACAAAUUAUGGUUUUGGGGAACAACCUGUAUUUCAUCCACCAAAUAUAGAAAGAAGAACAUCAGUGAACUCAUGGGAUCCCGUAUCACAAUUUUCUGGUUCUACACGAGAUCCACUUCUUCCUGAACUACGGGAUCCACUUCUUCCUGAAUGGUCAGAUAGUCCUUUACCGCAGCCACAAGAUGGAAACAUGUUUUGGCAGAAUGUGGAUGUCGAUGGCCAGGCAGUGAUUAAAGGAAAAUUUUGUUUUCCAGAAGGAGAGAUUUUUAUAUUCUCAGAUGUUAUUAGAUAUCCAUCAUAUGACUGCAUUGUCAGGCUUCCUGCUAGUUCUCGUGGAGAAAUCAUUAAAGAAAUGUUGAAAAUUGCAUUUGAAGAAAGAAAACUGUUCUAUGUAAGAAAGGAUGUUACAGGGUGUGGAUUUGUUGUACAGUCUGCUUAUGACGUUUUUGGAAGUCGGAAUACAGGAGAUGAAGUUGAUUUGUCACAUAAACUCGAUGAAAUUAAAUCGCGUUUAGUUGAUUUGAAGAUCCCUCUUCCAAGCCUCACAAUAACAAGACCUCGAGAAACUGCCCCCGCCGUUUUCUCCACAUAUCCAGCCGAAACCGGACAUGAAAUGAUGGAUACUUCUCCACCAAUACAUCAAGUUAAGAAGGUUACUCCAAAGCCGAAAGGACCAUUUCCUCAGCCAGAUGGCUUAAAAAUCAAUUCUGAACUUCAUGAGAAAAGUUUAUCUGGAUUUCCACUUUGCGAGGCUCUGCAUAUGUACUUCAGAUUUCCUGGUGGCAUAAUCAAUACAAAUGGUGGGCAAACCAUACAAUAUGUUUCCUACAAUCGAACUGCAUGUUUACCAGCAAACGCUGAAGGUAGAAAAUUAUCUGCAAUGAUAUUAGAAGCUGCAAAUCAAAGAAAAUUAUUUGUUGUGGCAUUGAAAGCUGGAAUAUACAUGAUUAGAACAAAAGUUCCUCUACUUACUAGUGAUGACUACCCGAAUGAAGACUACUUAAAUCAGUUGUAUCGAGCUCUAUUAAAACUUGGCAUCUCCGAACCAUCAGUUCCACCUCCUCUUCCCGCUACAUCCGAAGCCCAUUAUGAAGAAAACUCAAGCGAUGAGUCUGAUCAAGAGAGUAAAGAAACUUUACGUAAAGGAGGACCCUUUCCUCAACCUCAAAAUGGAGUAAUACGAAUGGAAAGAGAAAACAGAAAUCUCAAAAAUUUUGGAAACUGUGGAACGAUUAAUAUUUAUUUUCGUUUUGCUGGAGGAAAAAUGAAAAUUGAGGGGUCGAAACCUUCAAAAUCAUUUGAAGUUCAAUACAGUCAAAUGUAUAUUGUUGCUGCAUUGCCUGAUAGCGAGAAUGGUCUUCGUAUGGCAAUCAUGUUGCGUACUGCGUUUAAUGACAGGAAAUUAUUUCGUAUUGAAAGAAGAGAAGGUGAACCAUCUUUCCGAGCGCGACCAUGCGUAACACUUUUGAGAGCAGAUGAAUAUUCGAGAACAGAUUAUUUGGCACAACUCAAAAAGGAGUUGAAAAGUUUGGGAAUCAGAGAACCAAGUUCAGAAGCUGUUGCUUCCCUUUCAAUACCAAAAUCAACGAUUCCACAAGGUGGUGCUCUUCCACCUGAUUGGGCUGCAUCGUCAUCUGCACAAGCUUUACCUGAUACAAUGACUGCACAACCGCAGCUCGCGCCAGCAUUUAGACCCCCUGGUGCAAGACCAAAAACUCAAAAAUUGAUCCCAAAUUCUGUUGAUCCAAUGAAUUCACAACAUCGUCUGGCACGGAGACCUCAAACCUUUGAUCAAUAUUCACGAAGUAUGCCUAGGCAAAAACAAAUGAAAGGACCUCGUGUACUACAGCAUAAUGAUUUACAAGCAGAUGAUAAGAAAGAGGAUGAAGAAGAAGAUAAGUGUGCUAUAUGUUUGGCUCCAAUAAGUGCAUUACCAACCAAAAAACUUUCAUGCAAACACAUAUUUCAUGCAAACUGUGUUGAUAUGGCCAUAAAAACAAAUCCCAAAUGCCCAAUGUGCAACCAACCGCUAGGUAAUUCUCCUCAACGUCCUCGGCAUCAAACACCACAGUUUUCUCCAUUGGCUACUCAAUAUGCUGGAAGUAGUUCUAGCUUGCUAUUGGGUUCACCUAACAGCCGACCACGUCAAUAUUCGGCAAAUUCACAGUCAAGAAAUGCAUUUGGAAAUCAACCUACCAAUGGUAAAAUGACAGAUCACACCGAUCCAAGGUCACUACCUGGAUAUACUGGAAGUGGUACAAUUGUGAUUAGAUAUUCAUUUCCAUCUGGAAUUCAACAGAACUGUCAUCCUUCACCUGGAUCUCAAUAUGGAUCUACAAAUCGUGAAGCGUAUUUGCCUGAUAAUCGAGAAGGUCGCGAUCUUUUAAAAUUACUCAGAAGAGCAUUUGAUGCUGGACUUACUUUUACUAUUGGUCAAUCGCAAUCUUCGGGCGAAGACAAUCGAAUUGUUUGGAAUGGAAUUCCGCAUAAAACCAAUAUAAAUGGAGGAAAGCAUAGCUAUGGAUAUCCAGAUCCAAACUAUUUAAUUGAACUCAGACAGACUUUACAAUUCAUGGGAAUCCAGUAAAUAUUUGGACUUGAAUUGAAAUCUACUAUGAUGAUAAUUCUAGAAAUAAAAUUUUUUAUGCUAUUUUUUUCACUAAAAUGUUCUUCAAUGUAUAUAUGCAUUUAUUUAUAAAAUGAAUUUGAUUUAGUUUGGCUAGAUAUGUAACAAUUGGAUGAAAUGGCCUAGCCCACAUCUUCAAGUAUCCAACUUGUGACAAAUUUGGUUGAGCAAUUAAGCCUUAAUUGAAUAAAACAAUAAUCUGACUUGUGAUAGAUUUUAAUAAAUAUAUACGUUUUAAAACCUUACCUAAUAAGGUUUUUUCUGCACUUCUGCUUCUGUAAUCAAUUUUUUUUUCUUCAUUUUAUUAUGAAUAACACUUAUAUAUUUGCUAAAUAAUUGCAUUUUACCUGAUGUUGAUCUAAUUUCUGAACCAACGUUAUCGCUUACCUGUGGUUUUAUAAUAUUGCUCAACUAUUGAUUCCUUUACCAGGUUGCAUUAAUUUGCUUCUUGUUAUGUAUUGAAUUGUUCGAUCUUUGACUAAAAUGAUUAUACGCAAUGCCAUUACCGUGGUCAUAAUGAGCAUAAUCCACAUUAGUUUAACAAUUCCUGUAUUCUUAAGAAGGUCUUAUGUGUAUAAGUAUAUUAUACAUUAUUUGUCUCAAAAAAUGUAACAUCAUCAUAAAGAAUAAAAAAAAGCAAUGACUGGAAACUUUGUGAAAUAACACCUUGUUGAACUUAUAUUGCACCUAGCAACCACUUAAACACGAACCUGCUAGUUGAUCAUAUAUACCGGUAUAUAUAUAUUACAGACUUUCAAUAUCACUAGAAGAU